UGGUCACCAUUCACAAUUUCCGCUUGAGUAUAUGGAUCUUGUCUGUCUUGGCGCAACACGCAGAUUAUUACUGCAUUGGCUACGAGAGGUGAAAUUAUUCAAUGGCCAACGUAUUUCCUGUGUCAAAAGAGUUCAAAAAAUAUGUUGUUGUAGAAUUUAUAGAGGAAAAAAAACAAGGAGUAUGUGCUAUGGAGAUUAUAUGCUCGUCUUGGCUGAUAAACAACCAUAUUACUUACUGGCCAAGCAAUCUUUAAUCAUCAUCAAGGAUAAUGAAAGCAGCACAAGAUAAUGUAACACCAAACAGGAGCUGGAAGCAGCUGAAAAUCCGUAUUCUAUAUGAAACUGACAGUUAUGAAGCAGCAUUUCAGAAAAUUGAAAUACUGGGAUAUACUUCAAAUGCAGAAAGAUAUGAAGAUAGCCUAGAUGAAUCACCUCCAUUAAAAAAAUCUAGAGGAAAGCAACUUAAAUCAAAACAAAAAAGCAUCUAAUAAACACUGAUGAAGAAGAUAGUAAUGAAGAUGACUUGUUUGACAAAACCGAAAUUCCUCUCUAUUUUUAUCACAGCCAGUUAUUACAGAUGAAAAUAAUAUAUCAAAAUCUAUCGCUUCUAUUGGGACAAGAUUUGCUAUGUUUGAAAAAAAGAACUUUGAGCUUCUAACAAGCAUCCAAUAUGAAAUAAAGAAAAUCGACUCCAAGAUCAAUAAUAUAGAGAAGUAUUUAAAUACUAAUUUACUUCACGGAGUUGCUAUUACUCAGAACACAAUUCCAUUUCUCGAAUGGAAUUGUUUGCCAAUUCAAACAAAAGAGGAACUAGUUGUCCUGGAGCAUAAACUUCAAGAUAAAGAUAACUUAAAAUCUUUGAACUAUUUAACAGCUGUAGGAGGUGAAGAUUACCAACAUAUGACAAGUGCUAUUAUGGGGAAGCUGCUCUCCCCAAAAACAUCAUUAUUAUAUUCAACCUAUGGCAAAAAAGGGAAAAAGUCUUUUGCUGCUCUUACAUCCUGCCAGGUUGUUAUUGCUGCAGUAAGAAGAAAACAUCCGGACUCUAAUGAGAAGCACAUUAAAGUGCGUAUUGGUAGGUUUUUAGCACAAUCAAGCGAUCGAGAUGGAGGGCGAAAACGGCGCCUCAAAAAAAGCGAUUUCCGAAUUGAAGAAAAUAGUUCACCAACGGUUGAAAAAAGUGUACUAUCGGCUGAAAACAGUUUUUCCAACUAAAUAAAACAAUAAAUUUAAGAAUUUUACAAUUUUUAAUUCAAAGUAUAUAAACUGUCAGAUUUAUUAAUAUA